UCCGCCUGCAGCCGCGUAAGUAACCCCGAGCCUCGCGGGGUGGGAGGGACCGCCUCGGCGACUCAGCCUUCCCGUAAGCUAUCCCCGAGUAGAGGAGGCGCCACCUUGCGCUCCCGGGGUGCCCCCGGCCAGCUCCCCUGGCGAAAGCGCCUGGUUUCUGGAAACUGGUACUUGCAUCGCUGCGACAGGCGGAGGAUUUAGGGGAGGACUCACCGGCCAGGGGGCGGGCCCGGGGAGCGCGAAGCGGGCUCCCGGGGUCUCCCGCAGGCGGCAGCUGCCCGGCGCAGCUGGGGACACCGAGGAAGCAGGCGGGGAUCCCUCGGGCGGGCCCUCUGCUCUGCCUCCAGCGCCGCACGUCCGGCACGCCUCGCUCGCCGCGGGCCAUGUCCGGAGGAGGCCUGGGCUCUGCGCUCUGGCCCCCUGCCCUGGGGCCCCGGAAACCUGCACCCCGCAGCCUCAGCUGCCUCUCCGACCUGGACGGCGGUGCGACCUCUGAGUCCCGGACCUGUCGCCCCCCCGCGAGCCAGGCCCCUGCGCCCCAGCCGUCGGGCUGCGACCCCCAGCUGCGGCCCAUCAUCCUGCGCCGGGCGCGCUCACUGCCCAGCUCCCCGGAGCGGAGGCAGAAGGCGGCGGGCGCGCAGGGGGCUGCCUGUCGGCCAGGCUGCAACCGGCAACUUCGCGUGCGCUUCGCCGACGCCCUGGGCCUGGAGCUGGCGCAGGUCAAGGUGUUCAACGCGGGCGACGACCCCUCGGUGCCGCUGCACGUGCUGUCGCGGCUCGCCAUCAACUCAGACCUGUGCUGCAGCAGCCAGGACGUGGAGUUCGCCCUGCAGUGCCUGGUGCCCGACUUCCCGCCGCCAGUGGAGGCCUGUGACUUCGGCGAGCGCCUGGGGCGGCAGCUGGUGUGUCUGGAGCGAGUCACCUGCUCCGACCUGGGCGUCAGCGGCGUGGUGCGCGUGUGUAACGUGGCCUUCGAGAAGCAGGUUACAGUGCGCUACACCUUCUCGGAGUGGCGCAGUGCACACGAGGUGCAGGCGCGGUGGCGCGGGCCUGCGGGUGCCCAGGGCAGCGAGGAUGUCUUUGCCUUCGGUUUCCCGGUGCCGCCCUUCCUUCUGGAACUCGGCUCACAGGUGCAUUUUGCCGUGCGCUACCAAGUGUCUGGUGCUGAGUACUGGGAUAACAAUGGUGGCCGCGAUUACAGCCUCACGUGUCGCAACCACGCGUUGCACAUGCCCCGCGGGGAGUGCGAAGAGAGCUGGAUCCACUUCAUCUGAAUGGUGGAUAGGUCCAGCGACCUGCAGUCGCUUCCCAACUGGGUGCUCACCCCUACCUCUGACGCUUCCUCCUUCCACACCUUCCUGGAGUUGUCUGACUUCUUUCCUGCUGUGAGGACCCCUGGCAGGGUCCAGUCCUGUCCUGACGUCUGUGUGAAGUGGCUCACUCACCUGGUCUAGAUAGGGCCCUUGGGUGGCCAAAAGGCCGAGUAGGUUGGAGUCUCUGUGCUGGGACUAGGUGGGUAUGUGGGAAUGUUGGCCUUUCUGGGAAGCACCCAGGCUGUGUUUUGGUUGGGUUUUUCUUUUAAGCCACCUCCUGCCGGGGAAGUUUUUUGCAUGUGUCCUAAAUCUGUCUCUGUAAAUGAAGCUGUUGCUGAUUAUUAUGCAUCAUAGUGGUUGCCUUUUCAGGAGUAUUCUGGAUUUAGUAAGCAUCUGAAAAGCCCGGUUGCCCGCGUUCAUUACUGUUGUAAACAAAAUUUGCAGGGCAACCUGCAUUGCAGUCCUCCAGGCAUUCCAGCCCCGGAACAAGGCAAACCUGAGACUACCUUGGCUUGCCAGUGGCCGUAGCCUUCUAACAGUGGAAACUAUUAAUAGGCAAGAAAUUCAUUCCCCAUCACUCAUCACAGAGCCAUUUCUGGGCUUUGAAGCUGCUAUGGCUGGGCUGUGUGCCUGCUACAUCGACAACCGGGAAAGAGGAAAAUCCAAAUUUUUUAACUAGUCAAACCUUUCUACACCCUUUGGUCUUCGCAUGUAGUGUUCUUGCACGUGUUUAAGAAGUGAGUGUGUAUAUUCCCAGGCCAUUCUGUUGAGGUUUUCAACUACUUAAAUAUUUUAAGAAUCUUGCCUUAAGUUAUUUAAAUUUUCAGGUGGCUCUAGGGUUUCAGUCAACAGUUCCCUUUGCAAUUACCUUUUUGAUGAUUAAGGUGAUUUUUAAGUUUUUCUUCAAUAUCAGAGAUUCCAGCAUUCAUUGUUCAGAAAUCCAGUUACAAAGUGGAACUAGAUGGUAUUUUCAGCAUUAGUCAGAGCACUGGAGGAAAAAAAUCACAAAUUUUAUACUCUGGAUUGUUUUAAAUUGUAUUUACAUACGUCAGGUCUUAUCAGCUACCUGCCAAUGUUAUUCUUUGUGCCUUCAGAGAGGAAAAUUUCUAGCAUUUUCUGGACUUGUUUCCCAGUUUUAAAAUGUUAAUGUGUUAAAGCCCCCGCCAGGGAGUCAAAGCUGCUGUCCCCAGCUGUGCAUCACGGUACCUUAAAAACCACCACCCUGGCCUCCUCCAGCAGCAGGUGCUAGGCCUGAGGCACAGCCAGCCAGCCCAGGUGCACAGGUCCUCUAAGGUGUGGUGAGGGUUUGUGAUAGAACUGACGCCCAUGGUGGAUUUUGUGCUGCCCUUUGCCACUGAGAUGGUUUAGUACUUGUUGGUGUUUGUCCCAUCUGUAUCAAAAGAUGCAUUUUGCCUUUUAACCAGUUUUUGGAUCGUUGUGACCUUUGCGUUUUUCACAUUAGAAGAAUGGGCAUGGCUUUCUGUGAUACCUUUUAAUGCGUGAAUAACUGAAAUUUGAUUUCACAUACUGUGCCUAAAUUGCACAGCCUUUGGCCAUGUGGGCUGCGUAUUACAUUGACAUGCAAGAGAGAGAGAAACCUGGUUACAUUUCCUGCUGCUCACAAACUGUCCAAUUAGGUCAGCAAGCCUGUGAAGGCCUGGGCAGCACUGCCUUUGGCCUCAGCCCGGCUUCCAAGACAACUGUCCAGACUGCUUAGGUGCCUAUUCGUGCUGCCAACUGUAUUGUUUUAUGACAUGGAGAGAAUUCCAUCAUCCGGUGAAAAGUCUCUUGCCAGAGAGGUUCUAGUCGUAGUUUUGGCCAUAGAUAUGAAUGCUCUAUCUUCAAAAUUAAAUGAACCUCAAGGUGCCUUUGAAAAAAUACCAACACUUUGAAAUUUUAAAGCUUAAAUAGAUUCACCUGGUUGGUUAGAAGCUCUAAGAACAAGGAAAAUUUCCAGUCCUUGAAAGGUGGAUAGUUAUUUUGCUUGAAUGUUUAAGAUUUUAUAGUGGAAUGUGCAAUAGCUGGGUUAUCUCUUGAAAUAUAUUUAAUAUCUGUCAUUUAAAAUAAUUUUA